CACUCAGGGGAAAGUUGCGGGGAAGUCCUCUGAGACUACAAAGUAAGUGUAGGACAAGCGAAGCACAGGGUACAUGGUGGCCCUUUAUGGACAGCAGUAGGUCUUGGAACACGGAUGAGAUAUGGUCCACCUACCUGCCUUGCAGCAUCUGAUGGCGUGAUGCCCAUAGGCAACUGCAUAAAGUGCUUCAGUAGCUCGAAACUGGAUAUUGUCAGCGUUUUAGUGACAGACUGCUUGCUUGGCUGGAUUUCGGCUUUGUUCUUUAAUUCUGCGCAAGGUAAUUUAUCAGGAUAAUAUGCUGCACAUGGGAGAAUGUAAAUGGAGUCAAAUGUUUCCUUUUAUCAUGGCGUCACUUGUUUAUUCUGCUAAUGCCGAAUAUUCCAACUGCGGCGAAAAUGAGUACUACAACCAGACUACCGGAAUGUGCCACGAUUGUCCGCAAUGUGAGCCAGGAGAAGAACCUUAUAUGACCUGUGGAUACGGCACCAGAGACGAUGGUUACGGCUGCGUUCCUUGUCCAUUGGAGAAGUUUUCUAAAGGCGGGUACCAGAUAUGUAGGAGGCACAAGGACUGCGAGGGAUUCUUUCGGGCAACAGUUAUGACACCCGGAGAUCAAGAGAAUGAUGCAGAAUGUGGGCCUUGCCUCCCUGGUUACUACAUGCUAGAAAACAGGCCGCGGAAUAUCUAUGGGAUGGUUUGCUACUCCUGCUCCCUGGCACCUCCCAACACUAAAGAGUGUGCAGGCGUUACCUCUGGUGUUUCAGCCAGUUUCCCAAUUACUUCUGGAACAAGUACCCAUUCUCCUUUCCAGCAUGUGCACAAAGGAGACCUUUCCAGUCAAGGACACCUUGCAACUGCUCUUAUCAUUGCCAUGUCAACUAUUUUCAUAAUGGCAAUCGCUAUUGUCCUGAUCAUCAUGUUUUACAUUGUGAAAACGAAAACUUCGGCUCAAGCUUGCUGCACCAGCCAUUCCGUGAAGACUGUAGAAGCCCAGGCCAAUAUGCAGGGAGAAAAAAAAGAAGUACAAGAAAAUGUGGUGAUUUUCUCGGAGAAAGAUGAGUUUGGAAAAUUAACUGCAACUCCAGCGAAGGUUGUCAAGAGUGAAAAUGAUGCUUCUUCAGAGAAUGAGAGGCUUUUAAGUCGUAGUAUGGACAGCGACGAAGAAGCUGCGAUUGACAAGCAAGGGACGCCGGAACUGUGCUUGUUGUCUCUCGUCCAUUUGGCCAGAGAUAAAUCUUCCACAAACAACAAAUCCACUGGCAUACAAAGCCGGCGGAAAAAGAUACUUGAUCUGUAUGCCAACGUAUGCAGCGUUGCAGAAGGCCUCAGUCCCACAGAGCUCCCGUUCGAUUGUCUGGAGAAGACCAGCAGGAUGCUCAGCUCCACGUACAACACCGAAAAAGCCAUUGUGAAGACCUGGCGCCACCUCGCCGAGAGCUUUGGACUGAAGCGUGACGAAAUAGGUGGCAUGACCGACGGCAUGCAGCUCUUUGACCGCAUCAGCACAGCAGGCUACAGCAUUCCAGAACUGCUAACAAAACUAGUGCAGAUUGAGAGGCUAGAUGCCGUGGAGUCCCUUUGCGCGGAUAUCUUGGAGUGGGCCCAAGUGAUACCUAAACCAGAUCCGGUGGUGGCCUCGUGACAUGUGUUUCAGUCGCCUUCAUUUCAAAACAAUUUAUGUGGAUACGGAUUCCAAGAGCAAUGGAACUCAUUAUGGAAUGGAAUCUGAAAAAGCAUGGACGGCCUUCAGAUCUCAGUAGCAUUUUCCGUUGUUCCAAGUAUAAAACGAGCCAAGGAUUGUUACUGGUUCAUCAUAACAGAAAUGAAAGAAGCACAAGCUGAAGACUUCUUGAAUGAGGCUGACUUGGCCUGUGAAGAGGAUAUUGCUGUUCACUUCAGACUCCUUUUACAAGCAGAGAUACAGAUCAGCCUGCCAGUAUCAUUGCAGGCUCUGAAGAAAUCUGAUGUAAUCGCUAUGGUUUAAUUUUGUCUCAGUCUUCCACAAUUAGUAACUACUAUCAGAUAUAGUGUUGCCUGAUACAGAUAAUGCGAAUGUCAGUUCUAUUACAUCUAGCGUUUAACCAAAUGUCAGUUUCCUCUCAAAUAACAUUAAGGAUUAACCAAUUUAUUUAUUUAUU